AUCAUGGGAAAUACGCGUCAGAAAAGUCCACCCCGGCCGUCCCACUCCACUGUCCGGUUCAACAGCAUGUUUCUACUCUUGCGGCGCCUACUUCUUUUGUAGCGAGCACUUUGAGUUGAUGUUUAGCUGAAUGAAACCAAACAUCAUCGGUGACCUGGGGUAACGAAGCUAGACCGGUCAUGCCUCGGAAAAAGAAAAACGCGCAGAGCCCCGCAAGAGUUCCCGGGCUGUCAAACGACGACACUCCGAGCAGCAGCCAAUCCACUCGCGGAUUGAGGGGAUAUGAGAAUGCCAUGGCGAGCAAUCUGUCCAUGAUGUCCAGAUCUCAAAAGGAGGAAAUCGUUAAAAACAUGAAGGAGAUGUUUUCACAUUUGGACCCGGAAAUAAUUUACAUCGUGCUUUCGGAGUGUGGUUUUAAAGUGGACAAUGCAAUGGAUUCUCUGUUGGAGCUCUCCGUCGCUGCAGAAGUUGUGGCCCCCUAUCCUGGCCCAGCCUCUGGUUUCGAGCUCACUGCUGCAGCCCUCCUCAGUCCCAGACGCUCUGACCAAAGCCCAGAUUUGGAUCUACCUAAUCAAUCCAAAUCACUGUCCUCUCCUUUCCCAGCAUCCUUUUUGACAGAGGAAGCGGAAGGAAACCUGUUGAGCUCUCAGUUUUUCUCAGCUGCUUCCGCUCCCCUGUCCUCUUUCCCUCCACCCCCAAUACCACAGCGUGCUCUCCCUGAACUGCUCCAGUCCAGCUUGGAGCCGGGAACCACAAGCACGGGCACAUCCGGAAGCCCUUCCCUGAAUAACAAGCUCAGUUUCUGGGAGCGGAAGGAUGUCAAGAAGGAAGAAUCGUUGCUAAAUUACAGUCAUCUGAUAUCGCCACCUGAAUCGGCUGCGGCCAAAGCCAAACCCAACGCUUCUUUGGAUCUGGUGGCAUCCGGGCGGCCCUCGGCGUUCCAGGUCUAUAAGAAGAGUGACGCUGCUUCCGAGAGCUCACAGAGCAUGCCCUACGGAGGCGUGGGAGGAGGGGUGAGAUCGAAGGUGCUCCCACAAACAUGGCAACCAACGCAUUGGAACCCCGAGUUACCGUCAUUCUGUCCCCGCGUCCAUGGAAACCAGGGCCCCACUUUCAUCACCCCCGUGGCCUCUGCAUCUCCCUGGGACAGCCGUCUCAGACCCGCUUCCCAUUGGUCAAACCAAUGGACCAGCCCUCUAGGGUCCCCUAAACCGCUGGAUGCCAUUCCUAAGUCGCGGGCCCCGCCUCCCGCUCCGCGGGGCGCCGGCGCCCAUAGCCGGCUUCAUAUCGAGGGGAGGGUACUAGUGCUUCUGCGCGGGGCCCCGGGAUCCGGCAAGUCCACGUUGGCCCGGGACAUGUUGGACCAGAACCCAGGCGGAGUGGUGCUGAGCACAGACGACUAUUUCAGUCGCCAUGGAGAUUAUCGUUUUGAUCCGUCGGCUCUGGGCGAGGCCCAUGAGUGGAACCAUAAGAGAUCUCAGGAAGCUUUCUCCAGGGGGGCUAGUCCCAUCAUUAUCGACAACACCAACAUGCAGGGCUGGGAGAUGAGGCCAUACGUAGCACAGGCAUUGAGACAUAACUUCAAGGUACUGUUCCGGGAACCGGACACCUGGUGGAAAUACAAGCCAAGGGAACUUGCGAGAUGUAACAAGCAUAAUGUGCCAGUGGAAAAGAUUCGUCGUAUUCUGGAUGGCUAUGAACGCUUCGUUUCCAUCCAGUCCAUCAUGGGUUCCCAGUUCCCCCACCAGUCACCAGACACUCUUUGCCCGGACUUGGUAGGAGAGCCUGGAUUUGCUCAGGGAACUGAACAGUCCAACCCUUACAUAUUUUCUGCACUUCCUGAUGUUUCCUCUAUCGGGCCUACCGGGGAUACGUUCAUGGCAGCACAUGGUAGCCAGCAGUCCGCCCAAAAGACUGACGCUGAUGUCGACGACAUGGAUUUACUAGAUAUGGAACUGGACGCCCACCUGCAACGUAGCCUUGAUCAAGGAGUUCCUGACUGCAUUGUGGAAUCGGUAGUGAAUGAAGAUCAGCCCGAUGACGAAUUGCCCAUGGCGUUCUCUGAGUCUAUAGGGCAAAGUGUUAGGAAUGUGCAGGGAAAGAGAGCGGCUGGCCUCAAUUGGUCUCAUUCAGCUGAGCUGGGGGGUGAUCCUGACCCCCCCGGAGAGGUGGGAGAGAUGGCCGAAGGCGGAGAUGUGGGGGACGUCAAGCAAAGGCCAGAACUUUUAGAUUUUGUUGGGGACUGGCCUUACGAGGACUGCAUGGAGCAGCGGCAGGCGAGGAGAAGAGAGGAACAGUGGGACAGGGAAGAAGAGGUUGGCAGGGCUGGCAGAAUAAAAGCCAAAAGCGGCCCUGAUGUGACCGAGUUUCAGAAGCUCCUUGACCUGAUUCAGACGAGCGAUGACCUGACACAAAGGGUACCUCCCCUGGCCCGCUCGCUCUCCUCCAGCUCUGGAGACCGGUUGGAGAGAGAAGGGGAGACAAGAGGUGGUGCGCAAGGGUCCCAAGGUGAUGCAAUUUAUGAGAACUCGGAGCACAACAUGAACCGGAGUGACGGUGUCAGGUCUGAAUUACCUGAUUGUGUGUUGGACUGGAAGGCAGACCUUUCCUUGAUAGUAAGUGAACCAUCUGAAGCUACUUUGGUUGAGUUAGGAGGGGGGGAAGUUGGGUCCGUAGUAAAUAGUAGUAGACAAGAGAUCGAUCUCAACCCAGAGGUUUGUAAAGACAUAGUGUCCGGGUCAGAGUCUACGGACCCCAGUGCCUGUCUUUCUUAUGAUAAUGCUGAUUUACUGAAAGCCUCAGAGAUUGUGGCGGCAAACGUUUGCCAAGACGGAGUGGUUACCUCUGAUAUCGGGGUUGAGGUUGGAGCGGGGACUACUACUGAGAAGGUCACUCAUCGGACAGAUAGUGUUGGCUCACUGGGGGAAAACAGUGGUGAAGCUUUCGGAAGCCCUAUGGGUGAAGUGGGUCAGAGUCCGGCCUCCGAGGGCAGCAUCGAAGCCAAAGGCAGCACAUUCAGCGGGGGCAGCCAGGAACGCAAAAAGGGUCGUAGGUCAGGCAAGCUUUGUAAACUAGCCCUCACCUUUACCCAAAACUGCCCUUCCCCUGCCCCUCAACCCCCGACUGAUCCUAGUCCAAAUACUAAUGCUCCCGGACAAACCUCUAGUCAUGGGAGCACUCCAUCAGCAAUCGUUUUCGCCGCUAGUCCAGAUUGUAACACAGGCCUAGAUUCUAAAGGCAGUCAUGAGCCAUGCCCUGACCCGAUCCCUGACCCUCAGACCAUGGUCCAGCCACACUCUGACCCCCAUAGCCUGGGGGAAGACGAUGGCUGUGCCUCCCAAACAGACCCUCAAGACUUUGCUUUCCUCUGGCGCAUUGAUCAGCACCCCAGGCCCGAUGACACAACGGCGGUCGGCGCGGGGGUCCCCCCCAGGGACAUCACCGUCUUGACUGGCGACCCCUUCCGCUUUGUCCCCUCUGUGUGUUCCGCGGUUUCCGCAGCGACUGCAGUUCACCCACUCGGCCACUGCGAGGUGCCAUACCGCAUGGGGCACGAGAAAGGCACACAGGUGGAGGAGAUGGAGGUGGGGGUGGCCAGAAGCCGGCUGGAGAACCUGCGCAUCCUCAGCCGUCACUUUAAACUGGUGAGCUUCGACAUUCUGGAAGACCUCUAUGAUAAGUGUCAUCAGGACCUGGAGUGGACGACCAACCUGCUAUUGGACUCUGGGGAGAGGUUCUUCAGGGAUGACGAUGGCGAGGGCCAGGGAUACGUCUGGGGGGAAGACGAGCAGAACCUGGCCACUUUAUGUGACAGUUUGGAGAGGGAUCUACACAUCGGGUUGCCGUCUAGUGCAGAUGAAGAGGGGGACCCCGGUGACCGCCCAGCGUCAGGGGCACCGGUUGGUGGGGCGGACCCCCACGAGGUAGCCAGUGCAGAGGGGGGGGGUGCACUGCUGAGAAUAGUGAACGAGUUUGGGGAGAAGUCUCAUUCUAACACUGAAACAUCAGGGGCACGGUCGAAGGAUAUCAGUGCAUCGAGGACGAAAAACGAGCUGUCCGGAAGUCGUGGAGGACUUUGGUCUCAGGAUACGACCACGAACGGGGAUCAAGUCGGCAGACGAUCCAAACAGAACACGACCCCUCAGCCACUGCUUGCGCUGCUGAGUAAGGGGGAAGAAACGGGAGGAGGCUGGGACGCAGUCGGACAGGAAGUGACAUCAAAGCCCAUCAGCGAGGGGCCCAAGCUCAAUAGCUCCGAUGAGGAGACGUCAUUUGAGAACCUAGGAGCCAAGUAUGGCGGAGAGGAGUUGUCUGACAUGGACGAGAUGACCCGGCUUCUCCUCGUUGAGCUGGAGGAGUCGGACAAAAGGGAGGAGGAACAGAGGGUUGACGAGAGGAACUCCAGGAAGCUCCAGGAGGAGAACCGAAGCCGGCACAUGAACAUCCGUAGUCUGGAGCUAACGCUCCCCACGGAGCUGGCCAUGCAACUGACUGAACUCUUUGGACCCGUGGGAAUAGACGCAGGUGCAUGUUCUAGAGAUGACUUCUCUGUGCACAUGGAUCUCAACCUUGCUAAAAUGCUCCACGAGAAGUGGAAGGACACAAUCCAGAAAAGCCAGAGACAAGAGGCGCUGUCUUACCACCUGUUCCAGGAAAGCUCAUCCCAUUGGGGCGAGAGCCAGCCAGCCAAACCUGGAACCCGGCCAGCAGACUUUCUGAUUGGGGCAGAUGGGUAUGCGUCACUUAGCAGCCAAUCAGAGGCCCAGGCAGACUUCCCAAUCAUGGACCAUUGGAAUGCGCCCCGCACCCAGGUUUCCCUCAGGGAUAUUAUGUCAGAGGAGCACGCUCGACAGCAGAAAAUGGAGAAGACGAGGCACAGCCGUGCCGACCUGGACCUGCGUGACGGCGCCACGCUGCUGAAGGAGAAGCAGCUGUACGGCCUCUUCCCCGGCAUCGACCGCCACUUCCUCCACGACAUCUUCAGAGACCACAACUAUUGUCUGAAGGAGACAGAGCAGUUCAUUCGUUCUCUGCUAGAUGAGGGUCCAGUUAAGACGGUUGUGGCCCCAGAGUUUCCUCGCACAGAGCCGUACCGAGCACCAAGCAAGGAGCGGGAAAAGAGGCCCAAGCUCCAAGACCCUGGGCCCAGUCAGUUCCAGGACACGGAGGACCCAGAGUACGAGGACUUCAGGGCCGAGGCCAGCCUGCAGAAACGCCGGCAGAUGGAUAACUUUGCUAAGGCGGCGGAGGCCUUCAAGCAGGGGAAGAAGGAGGUGGCGUCCCACUACGCCCAGCAGGGUCACCUCCACGGGCAGAAGAUGAAGGAGGCCAACCGGCGAGCGGCGGUGCAGAUCUUCGAGCAGGUGAACUCCUCACUGCUGCCCCGCAACAUCCUGGACCUGCACGGCCUGCACGUGGACGAGGCGCUGCAGCAGCUCGGCCAGGUCCUGCUGGACAAGACCACAGAGUACCAGCAGGGUCUGUGUCAACCCCAGCUCUCCGUCAUCACAGGAAGAGGGAACCACAGCCAGGGGGGAGUGGCCCGCAUCCGCCCCGCAGUCAUUGACUACCUCACCAACAAGCACUACCGGUUCAGCGAGCCAAAGACGGGGCUGGUUCUGGUGUCUCUGAACUGAUCCGAGCAGUGCCACCUUGUGAGGUGGACCCCUGUAUAAACCGCCACUGCUGCUACGAAUGGACUGUAGGCGAGGAUUGGACCACUGUCGUCUGACUAUAAUUCCUACCUUCCGCCCCUAACUUCCCUGUCCCCCCCAACGCGCCCAACUGCUGCCUUAAUCAAAAGCCUUACCUGGGACGUUUUAGGAAGUCUUGAUGUAUAUAUCUUAAGAACCAAGGGUUUUUACAUUUUUAUUAUUUUUUAUUCCUUCCUUUUUUUACUGAGAAUAAUUUUUGAGAUGAUUUACUAUAACGUCAUGUGAUUUAUAAAAGUCCAGAUGAUUAAAUAUCACAGGGUGAAUAUUAAUCUCUAAAGUUGUAUCAAGAAUUUGAGUAAUGGAAAAAUGUUUGACGAAGAAGCUGCUGCUAAAUACUGACUCAGGUUAAAAAAUAAUUAUUUGCGCUUUUAAUUCCUUUGUGGUUAUUAUAAUGGCCAUAUUUACUGGUGUACCUUAGUGAACUUUAUUGAUAAUUAAACUGAUGAAAAUUUCAUAAUUUCAUGAUAUGUAAUUUCAUGGAAUUGAUGAUGAUUUUAUUUUUGUACUUUGUAAUAUUGUUCUACAUGGUCCUACAUUUACAAUCAAUAUUUUAUUAAAGAGAUGUGUUUUUAA